AUGACGGACUCCAAUAUGCAGCUUGAUAACCCCCAGGAAACGGUGGAGAAGAUCAAACAGGGAGAGAUCGAUGAGUCUCUGUACAGUCGUCAGCUGUACGUCCUCGGCCAUGAGGCUAUGAAGCGUAUGGGCUCUUCGAAUGUUCUUGUUGUUGGUCUGAAGGGCCUUGGUGUGGAGAUCGCCAAGAACAUUGCCCUUGCCGGUGUGAAGUCCCUCACGCUAUACGAUCCUGCCCCAGUCGCUAUCUCCGACCUAUCCUCACAGUUCUUCCUUCAACCACAAGAUGUUGGGAAACCAAGGGCCGAGGUAACAGCUCCGAGGGUCGCAGAGCUGAACUCGUACGUGCCUGUUACUGUUCAUAAGGGUAGCAACUUGGUGGAUAAUCUCGAGCAACUGAAACAGUAUCAGGCAGUGGUUCUCACUACGACCCCUCUGAAGGAACAGCUUGCUAUUGCUGACUUCUGCCACAAGAACGGCAUCUAUAUCACCAUCACCGACACAUUUGGCCUGUUUGGAUACAUCUUCAAUGAUUUUGGGAAGAACUUCACCGUUGGAGAUGCUACGGGUGAAGAGCCAGUCAGCGGUAUCGUUGCCGACAUUGACGAAGAUGGCUUGGUUUCUGCAUUAGACGAGACUCGCCAUGGCCUCGAAGACGGGGAUUACGUAACAUUCACUGAAGUCAAGGGUAUGGAAGGGCUGAACAAUUGCGACCCACGGAAGAUCACUGUCAAGGGUCCUUAUACAUUCUCAAUUGGGGACGUCUCGGGCCUAGGCACGUAUCAAGGCGGUGGUAUCUUCACGCAGGUUAAGAUGCCUAAGUUCGUUGACUUCGAGCCAUUCAGCGAACAGCUCAAGAAGCCUGAGCUCAUGGUCUCUGACUUUGCCAAGUUCGACCGGCCACAGCAGCUACACAUCGGAGUUCAAGCACUCCACAAAUUCGCCGAGGCUCAUGAUGGUCAAUUCCCUCGGCCUCACAAUGAUAGUGAUGCCCAGGAAGUGAUUAAGAUUGCGAAUGAACUCGCAUCAAGCCAAGAAGAGAAGGUGGAAUUGGACGAGAAAAUUAUUAGAGAGCUGAGCUACCAGGCUCGCGGAGAUCUCAACCCCUUGGCCGCUUUCUUUGGAGGUGUUGCAGCUCAGGAAGUUCUGAAGGCCGUCUCCGGAAAGUUCAAUCCCAUUCAUCAAUGGCUCUACCUCGACUCCUUGGAGUCGCUGCCGACAUCUGUCACCCGUUCCGAAGAGAGCUGUAAGCCACUUGGCACUCGCUACGACGGGCAAAUUGCUGUCUUCGGCAAGGAAUUUCAAGACAAGAUCGCCAAUCUCACUCAGUUCCUUGUUGGUGCGGGAGCUAUUGGGUGCGAGACUUUGAAGAACUGGGCCAUGAUGGGUCUUGGAACUGGUCCCAAGGGCAAGAUCUUCGUCACCGACAUGGAUCAGAUCGAAAGAAGCAACCUCAACAGACAAUUCCUGUUCCGCUCUAAAGACGUUGGGAAGCUCAAGAGUGAAUGCGCUUCUGCUGCGGCACAGGCGAUGAACCCCGACCUGAACGGUAAAAUCGUGACACUUCGAGACCGAGUAGGACCCGACACCGAACACAUUUUCAACGAAGAAUUUUGGGAAGCUCUGGAUGGCGUGACCAACGCCCUGGAUAACGUUGACGCAAGAACUUAUGUUGAUCGUCGCUGUGUUUUCUUCCGCAAACCUCUCCUUGAAAGCGGUACCCUUGGUACGAAAGGCAACACUCAGGUCAUUCUGCCCCAUAUCACCGAAUCCUACUCGAGCUCUCAGGAUCCCCCAGAAAAGUCGUUCCCGAUGUGCACAUUGAAGAGCUUCCCCAACAGAAUUGAACACACAAUUGCCUGGGCACGGGAUCUCUUCCAGACCUUCUUUGUCGGGCCCCCUGAGGCUGUGAACAUGUAUCUGUCCCAGCCGAAUUACAUUGAGCAGACGCUCAAGCAGGCUGGAAAUGAGAAGCAAACUUUGGAGCACCUCCGGGACUUUUUGGUAACCAACAAGCCAGCUUCCUUUGAUGAUUGCAUUGUCUGGGCUCGCCAGCAGUUUGAGGCUCAGUACAACAAUGCAAUUCAACAACUUCUCUACAACUUCCCCCGGGACUCCAAGACCUCUUCCGGUCAACCUUUCUGGUCUGGGCCGAAGCGAGCCCCAACCCCCCUCAAGUUCGAUAGCUCGAACCCAACUCACCUAGCCUUUGUCGUUGCCGGCGCAAAUCUCCACGCCUUUAACUACGGAAUCAAGAACCCCGGGGUAGACAAAGAGUACUACAGAAAGGUUGUGGACAACAUGAUCAUUCCUGAAUUUACACCAAGUUCUGGUGUCAAGAUUCAGGCCGAUGAGAAUGAGCCCGACCCGAAUGCUCAGCAGUCUUCGUCCCUUGAUGAUGGUCAAGAGAUUCAGCGCCUCGUUGAGUCUCUGCCUUCUCCCGAAUCCCUCUCCGGAUUCCGCUUGAACCCCGUUGAAUUUGAGAAGGAUGACGAUACAAACCACCACAUCGACUUCAUCACCGCCGCUAGCAACCUCCGCGCGGACAACUAUGAUAUUCCCCAGGCCGACCGCCACAAAACCAAGUUCAUUGCCGGUAAGAUCAUUCCGGCCAUUGCCACAACUACCGCAUUGGUGACAGGCUUGGUUGCUCUGGAGCUGUACAAGAUCAUCGAUGGCAAGGAUGAUAUUGAGCAAUACAAGAACGGCUUCGUGAACCUCGCUCUCCCGUUCUUUGGCUUCAGUGAGCCCAUAGCCAGUCCAAAGGGCAAGUAUAUGGGCAAGCAAGGUGAGGUGACUAUUGAUCGACUUUGGGACCGUUUCGAACUCGAUGACAUUCCUCUACAAGACUUCCUCAAGCAUUUCUCCGACCUGGGCUUGGAGAUUAGCAUGGUCAGCUCCGGCGUCAGUCUGCUGUAUGCCAGUUUUUACGCCCCAUCUAAGCUCAAAGACCGACUUCCUAUGAACAUGAGCAAGCUUGUGGAGCAUAUUAGCAAGAAGCCUAUCCCGGAUCACCAGAAGAACAUCAUUUUUGAGGUGACUGCAGAGGAUCAAAAUGAGGAGGAUGUUGAAAUUCCCUACGUUAUGGUGAAACUUCAGAAGUAG